UCAGUUAUUUAGCUAAAAUUGACCGGAAAUUAGCUAUAGCUAACGAGAAUUAGCUUUCAUCCCGUCUCUGAUAAAGAUAAGCUAGUGGUGGGUUUAAAACACCAGAGGGCGUCGUGAAGAGGAGCUUCAUUUUGAUCCGUUAGCUGCUCCGAGGAUGCACGCAAGGACAAGGAAGAAGCGUGAGAGGUGAUUUCCCCCCCGAGGUCUGCCGGCUUGGACGCACUGAGCGGGCUGUGUGUGUGUGAGGGCUGCUGUUGGCAUCGAUGCGCUUGUUCUGCGUGCACAUUUAGGACCCUGGCCCGAUGGAAAAGAGGGACAGGAAGCCGGGAUAUUUUGCCAGGCUGAAGAGGCGGAGGCAGCUCAAGCACGGCCAGUCGGAGAAGAACGCCACUGAGCCGAACCCGGCGGUGAUUUCCUGUCCAGACGUCCCGAGCGACAAGGACCCCAACAAAAACGCAGACGUGCAGAGAAUAACGGCCUCGGACGAUGGCUGUAAAAGUACCAUUCAGGCAAAGAGGGAGAAGAAGAGACCGCCGGGGACGGUGGAGUUCAUCGUGGGACCCGACGACUCGCUCGCCAGCAUCGCGCUCAAGUUCAACGUCACCCCGAACAAACUGGUCCAGCUGAACAAGCUCUUCUCCCGCAGCGUCUACCCCGGUCAGAAGCUGUUCGUGCCCGAUGUGAGCCGGGCAGAAGCUGACCUGAAGCCUCCGAGUUCCUCUGAUCCCUGCGUCACGAAUGGCCCGUCGGAGAAAGCGACGCAUGACCGCGCGUCCCUCCGGCGGCAGCUGUCCCCAACCUCCGAGGACGAGAGCCCGGCAACCGUUAAGUUCAUCAAGAUGAGCUGCAAAUAUUUCACCGAUGGCAUGGGAGUCGUGGGCGGCGUGCUGAUCGUGACCCCCAACAACAUCAUGUUCGACCCCCACAAGUCCGACCCCCUGGUGAUCGAGCACGGCUGCGAGGAGUACGGCCUCAUCUGCCCCAUGGAGGAGGUCGUCUCCGUGGCGCUGUACGACGACGUGUCCCGCAUGAAGCUCAAAGACGCCCUGCCAUCAGACCUACCCCGGGAUUUAUGUCCUGUGUACAGGCCCGGCGAGUGGGAGCAACUGCCGUCGGAGCGGGACCUGAACCGCUUCAGCCGCUACGAAGCUCUCGACCCGAGGAGGUCAAUCGUGUUGGAUGACAUCGAGACGACCCUCCCUGGACCCGACGGCGAGCAGACAGAGAAGUCUCCUUCAGAUGAAGGAUUCACAGAGUUGGAGCCAGCUGUGGACGAAGAGGCCGAGGGGACCUCCACCAAAACGCGCGCCGUCGUCAGCGGGGACCGACCCACCCCGGGACCGGUCCAGGGAGAGAUUGAAGACCAGACGAGUCCCGCUCAGGCAAAAGUGAAGCUCGCCGCCGACGAAGAGGACGAGGGCGUCGCUCAGAACGGCUCCGUUGAGGACGCGGAGGCGAUACGGGAGGCUGAAAAGACGGGAGACAAGGAAACCAAAGACUUGAAACCCGCAGGGACCGAGGAGCUGCUGAAAGGUGCACCGGUCGACCAAAACGUGAGGUCGCGUCUGAAGGAGGCCUCCGAGUGUAAUCUGGCCAAACAGAGCCCGGACACACCAGCAGGGGGCGCCGAGCUCAGUGAGGAGGAGAGGCGGAAGAAAAGCUAUAAGGCAGAAGUGAAGUCAUGGCUGCUGGAGAAGAUGCAGGCGCCAAUAGAAGACAUGCUUUUCUCAUCAGAGGAGAAGAGUAAAAUCCCACCCAUGUUCCUGUGCUUCAAAGUGGGGAAGCCGAUGAGGAAGUCCUUUGCAACGGGGAGAACCCUUAGCCCCGCCCACUCACUUGGGGGCCGGGGCAAACAGGAGUACUGGUUCGCUGUGCCGCAAGAGAGGGUGGAACAACUGUAUGCAUUUUUCGUCCAGUGGUCCCCCGAUGUGUACGGGAGGGAGGCUCGAGAGCAGGGCUUUGUUGUGGUGGAGAAAGAUGAGCUGGACAUGAUUGACAACUUCUUCAGCGACCCCGCGUCUUGCAGCUGGGAGAUCAUCACCAUUGAUGAGGCCAAGCGCAGGCAGAGUUUCAGCAGCUGUGACGGAGAACUGUCGGCGGACGCGCUGCCCGUGCUCCGAGAUACGAGCGACCUGCUGCAGGACGCACACGUUGAGAAGCUGGCCAGUCGCUUGCCGCCCCGCGUGCAGAUCUACCCCUGGAGCCUGGCCUACAGCACCGGGAGAAACGGGACCAGCCUGAAGACUCUGUACAGGAGCCUGGUGGACGUGGACGGCCCCGUGCUGCUGGUAGUCAAAGACAUGGAUAACCAGGUAUUUGGGGCUUUCUCGACGCAUCCCUUCAGAGUCAGCGAGCACUGCUACGGCACGGGGGAGACGUUCCUCUACAGCUUCUGUCCUGAGAUCAAGGUGUACCGCUGGACGGGGGAGAACUCGUACUUCGUGAAGGGAAACACUGAUUCUCUACAGAUGGGAGGAGGAGGGGGGCAGCUGGGUCUGUGGCUGGACUCCGAGCUGUACCGAGGGACCACCACCAAGUGUGCCACCUUCAACAACCAGCCGCUCUCCGUCCGGCAGGACUUCAACAUCCACAGCGUGGAGGUCUGGACCUUUGAGUAGCCCUGCCUGCCCCCCGGCUACUCCCGCAUUCAACCUCCAGCUCCCCCUACGGCUUCAACCCCGCCCCCAGACUGCCAUUAGCUCAUAAGAGAGAGAAAGAAAUGGAGAAGAAGGCGGCGGAGGUCAUCCCGAAAAAUAUUUUCAGUCUGUGCGAAAGAACAAGGUAUCCCAUAGUGCAUUUGUUUUUGUUUUUUUGCAGAAAACUGACUAAGUACCUUUGGUAAAUGACAGGGUUAUGUGCAGAUGACAAAGUGAAGUUUGCAAUCUUUUUUUAAUGAUUUUUACAAUCUAGUGAAUUUUUUCAAGUUAAAGGAAGUGGAGUUUGUCAGGGAGAAUUUUUGGGGGGAUCCUCGGACCAUCACAUAAGCUUUCAUAAAGGGAAAUGUUGUUUACAAUGGAGGUCCUGCACUUCCUCUGAGGAAUCCUGUUCUCCCUCCUUCGAGUUUUAGACAACCUGAAUAAGAAUGUUCCAUUGCAUUUCCUCACAACUAUUUUUUGUUUUGAUCCCCCAUAUUCUCUAAAACAAGCAGUAAAGCCAGGUUUGCGAUGACCAAAUAUGUUGUGUUUGAAUUUCACGGUUGUUUAAGCUCAUUAUAUUUGAUAAAAUAUUUUAGCUUCUUUUUUUUCUUUUUUUUACAUUCUGUUUUUUACAAAGAAUGCUCAGUUGUGUUUAUUUUUUAAACGGUUGUACUUUUAUAGAAAUGUUGCGUUGGACGUUUUGGUUUCUGAUCGGACCCAAUAAGCACUAUUGAUGACUGUUUGUCACUUUUGGAAUUCAAAUCUCACGUCGGCUGAUUGUUUCUCCUUUUGUUUUCACCCGAGGUCGUUUUUUUCGUUCAGAGAGCCAGUAGAGGUUCAACGUGACGUCACUUUGCACUACAAGAGUAAUCAACGGUCAAAGCCGCAUUGACGCCUGGUGUAAUCGAGCGUCGCUUCGAUGUCAAAUAGUUACUGAAUGUUACGCGAUCGCCUCUUCAGGAGUGACACUUCCUGUCCAGCCACAUGUCAGCCUCUGCUUUACUUUCAAAGCGGGUGUAAAAUGGACGGUUUGUUUUUACACUUUGCCACUAACUACUAGUUCAGAUCUUCUAACACUGAAAGGAAAUCUUCGUCUAUAUCUGGUACAGGCUUGUGGUGCAUGAAUAUGCAAGACGGCAUGAGUGACGCCACUGAUAUGAUACCUGUCGUACUAUUCACCGAUGCCAGUUAGCGCUUGAUGUCUUGUGCUGUUACUGUGAAUGCUCCCAGAGUAUUAUUUCUUGUGAAUCCAAAACUGCUGUGUUAUCACAAAGGAUUUAUUUAUUGUGUUGUCAUAGCAAACACCUUUAAACUUAAAUAAAUGUUGAAUAUAUAUAUAUACACAUAAUGGGUUGUGUUUCAAAUGUGUAUCUCCACAUCUUUAUUAAGGUUUGUUUUCCUGAAUAUAUUCGUGUUAUGAUUGAUUAUAUGAUUGCAUAUUAAUAAAUGGAUAAAAGUUUCACUCCA